AUGCAGUUGAUAGCGCUUGGACAAAUUGGUCAUUGCCCAGACCGGGCUUCUGGCCCAACGACGACUGGCGAGGGGGUGAAAUUAAACUAUUCCGAAGCUACGGCAUUGAUCGCCAAUGUGCUGCAAGAGAUGAUGCGUGAUGGCAAGCAUACCGCAGCGGAACUCAUGUCUAUCGGCAAACAUAUCCUCGGGCGCCGAAACGUUCUUCCAGGCGUAAUCGGAACUCUUACAGUGCUGCAGAUUGAAGGAACCUUUACGACAGGAACGCAUUUGGUUACUGUCGACCAACCCAUUAGCAGCGAAAAUGGCAAUGUCGAGUUGGCGAUGUACGGCAGUUUUCUGCCCGUUCCAGAUGACAGCUUAUUCCCGUCGUAUCCGGAAUCUGAGUACGAGCCCUUGAAGAUGCCUGGGGCCAUCUCACCUGGCGAAGGACGGAUUGAACUCAACCCCGGCAGAAAGCGAACUCAAUUGAGGGUUACGAACAAGGGUGACCGACCAAUUCAGAUUGGCUCGCAUUUCCACUUCAUUGAAUCAAACCCCGAGUUGGAUUUCGACCGGAUCCAAGCCUAUGGCUAUCACCUUGACAUCCCCGCUGGGACGUCGACUCGCUUCGAGCCUGGUGAUAUCAAGACGGUGAAUUUGACCCAGAUCAGUGGCCUCAAAACUAUCAAGGGCGGAAGCAGUAUUGCGACUGGAACCAUUGACCUGUCCCAUACCAACGCGGUAUUGCAAAGAAUCCAUGAGGAAGGCUUCCGGCACACCCCCGAGGGGGUGCUGAUUGAUAUACAAAAGAUAGAGCCCUUCACGAUGGAUCGACUUUCAUAUGCCUUGAUGUAUGGUCCAACUGUCGGUGACUCGGUCCGCCUCGGCUCCACAGACCUUUGGGUGACGAUUGAAAAGGACUACACAGCACAUGGAGAUGAGUGUACGUUUGGGGGUGGUAAGACUCUGCGCGACGGAAUUGGACAAGCUGCUGGGCGUGCAGACGAUGAGUGUGCCGACCUAGUUUUGGUCAAUGCGUUAGUUAUUGACUGGAGUGGAAUCUUCAAAGCCGACAUUGGAGUGAAAGACGGAGUAAUUGUGGGCAUUGGAAAGGCUGGUAAUCCUGACGUGAUGGAUAAUGUGAACCCUGCUCUGGUGAUUGGCUCCAACACGGAUAUCAUUGCCGCAGAGAGCAAAAUCGUCACUGCCGGUGGCAUCGAUACCCACGUUCACUAUAUCUGUCCACAGCAAGUUGAAGAGUCUAUCUCGUCGGGUAUUACAACCAUGUUUGGUGGAGGUACUGGUCCGAGUACGGCCUCAGUUGCCGCCAAUUGCACCCCGAGCAAAACCUAUAUUCGACAAAUGAUGCAAUCUUUAGACACCCUGCCAGUCAAUUUCGGAGUCAUUGGUAAGGGCAGUGAUACUGGCAAGCCAGGGAUUCAUGAUCAGUGCAAUGCAGGUGUUGCUGGUCUCAAGCUGCACGAAGACUGGGGAUGCACUCCCUCGGCCAUCGACUCUUGUUUGAGUGUCUGCGAAGACCACGAUAUCCAGUGCCAAAUCCACAGCGACUCAUUGAAUGAGUCCGGAUUUGUUGAGCGCACGGCAGCUGCAUUCAAAGGAAGGACAGUACACGCAUACCACAUCGAAGGAGCUGGUGGCGGACAUGCACCCGAUAUGAUUUCUCUCGUGCAACACACCAACGUCCUUCCCAGCAGCACCAACCCAACAAAGCCAUACACCUGCAAUACAGUCGACGAGCAUCUCGACAUGGUCAUGUCCUGUCACCAUCUGUCAAAGAAUAUCCCCGAAGAUAUCUCCUUUGCGGACAGCCGCAUCCGGGCAGAAACUAUUGCCGCAGAAGAUGUCCUCCAUGAUACCGGCGCCAUUAGCAUGAUGUCAUCUGACUCUCAGGCAAUGGGACGAUGUGGAGAGGUUGUUCUUCGUACUUGGAAUCUGGCUCACAAAAACAAGCGAGAGCGCGGCCUGUUGCCGGAGGAUCAGGGUACAGGGGCGGAUAAUCACCGAGUCAAGCGAUAUGUCAGCAAAUACACCAUCAACCCAGCCCUGGCGCAGGGUAUCAGCCACGUAGUUGGUAGCGUUGAGGUUGGAAAAUUGGCCGAUUUGGUGAUCUGGGAACCUGCAACCUUUGGCGUCAAGCCAUUUCAAGUCCUUAAGAAGGGCUUCAUUGCUUCCGCUCAAAUGGGUGAUCCAAAUGCAUCAAUCUCUACCGUCCAGCCGAUCAUUGCGCGACCGAUGUUUGCGCCCCUUCUACCAUCGAGUAGUGUGAUGUUUGUUUCCAAGGCCAGCGUGAAGAACGGAUCUGUCAAUUCCUACGGCUUAAAAAAGCAGGUCGAAAUUGUGAGGAAUACUCGCACGGUCACCAAGCUAGAUAUGAAAUUUAACAAUGCGACACCGAAGAUGGAGGUUGAUCCUGAAAGCUUUACCGUUAUGGCCGAUGGAGUACACUGCAAAGCAGAUGCGGCCACCUCGGUGCCACUUGCGCAUCAGAGUUUCAUAUACUAG